AUGGUAAGGGUUACCAAAGACGGAAAAUUAUCUCCUGCAAUUCUCUGUCCGUCACUUGCAUUCUAUAGCUCGAAAGAAAUACUAAUGCAGAAUGUGAGAUCGACCAAUGCGAAGCUCUUCCACAUCGUUGUGUAUUCAUCCCAAAAUGUAGCAAUUCAAGGAGUGAGGAUCAAUGCCCCAGGAGAUAGUCCAAAUACAGAUGGUAUACAUGUCCAAGAUUCAGUUAAUGUUCGUGUAUUCAAUGCGAGUAUCAGAACCGGUGACGAUUGCAUUUCGAUCGGACCGGGCACAAAAAGUAUGACAAUACAACGUAUUGCAAGUGGUCCUGGACAUGGUAUAAGCAUUGGGAGUUUGGGGUGGGGACAAGAAGAAGAAACAGUGCAAAAUGUGGUGGUGAAAAGUGUAGUUUUCAAUGGAACUCAAAAUGGACUAAGGAUCAAAGCUUGGGGAAGGCCUAGUAAUGGAUUUGUGAAAGGAGUAGUUUUUAAGCAAGUUGUGAUGAAAAAUGUCCAAAACCCAAUUGUUAUUGAUCAAAACUAUUGCCCUCACAACAUAGGUUGCCCUAAUCAGAAUUCUGGAAUACAAAUAAGUGGAGUGACAUACACAAAUAUAGUAAGGACAUCAGCAGCUGAAGUAGCCAUGUUCUUCAAUUGUAGUGCAAUCUCGCCAUGUAAAGGGAUCGGUUUGCAAGAUAUAAAGCUCACUUACAAUCAUCAACCUGCACAAUCUUUUUGCAAGAAUGUACAUGGAAUUGCCGCUGGUUUAGUUUCUCCACCAAGUUGUCUUUAG